ACAGUUCCGGAGGAAAAAUAUUGCUGAAACCUCCGCCUAUAAGACCACGUACAAACCGCUCUUCUCCCACCACUCCUUCCACUUGCUCAUGGCCACCACACUCGCCCCAGUUGAAGAAGGAGGGAGCGGAGGAGGAGGAGAUCAAACCGAAGGGAGUAGGAUGCUCCGCGGGGCAUCAGACCGGCGGUCACACUACGCCCUCCUGGGGGUCAACUACGUGGCCCUCUUCGUGGGCACCCUCGCCUCCACGCUCCUCUCCCGGUUCUACUUCGUCCAUGGCGGUUCGAAGCGGUGGGUCGCCACCCUCGUCCAGUCGGCCGGCUUCCCUCUACUUCUCGUCCCUAUCUAUCUCUCUCCCUCGUCUUCUGCCCCCUUCUCUCGCUUCAGUCCUCGCCUUUUCGCUCUGUGCGUCCUUCUUGGACUCCUCCUUGGUGUCAACAAUCUCUUCAUCUCCUGCGGCCAAUCGUACCUUCCGGUGUCCACUUAUUCUCUUAUUCUCUCGUCCCAGCUUGCCUUCAUUCUUGUGCUCACAGCUCUUCUCGUUCGCCAGCCGCUAACCUUCUCGAAUCUCAACUGCGUCGUUCUUCUUACGCUCGCCUCCAUCCUCCUCGCCACCGGCUCCGACUCCGACCGGCCCGCCGGCAUCUCCAGCUCGUGCUUCUUCCUCGGCUUCGCCGCCACGCUGGGCGCCGCCGGCCUCUUCGCCGCCUACCUCCCGGCCAUGGAAUUGGUGUACAGAAAGGUGGACGGGUACCGGAUGGUGAUGGAGGUGCAGGUGGUGAUGGAGGCGGCGGCGGCGGCGCUGGCUGCGGCGGGGGUGGCGGCCGGAGGGAGGUGGAGUGUGGAGGAGCGGUGGGAUUUGGGGAAGGCGGGGUACUGGGCGACGAUCGCGGCGACGGUGGUGAGCUGGCAGCUGUGCUUCAUGGGGACCGCCGGGAUGGUGUACUUGACGUCGUCGCUCAACAGCGGGAUCUGCAUGACGGCGCUGCUGGCUGUGAACGUUCUCGGUGGAGUGGUGACGUUCGGGGACAUGUUCGGCGGGCAGAAGGCGGUGGCGCUGGCAUUAUGCUUGUGGGGGUUCUCUUCAUAUCUCUAUGGGGAGUACAAGAAGAAGAAGAAGAAGAAGGAGGAGGAGGAGGAGGAGGAAGAAGAUGAGGAGGGUGAGAAGGGGGAGGUGGCGGUCGUGGUGGCGGAAGGGGACAAGGAAAGGUUGGGCGGCGGGAGCGGUGGAGACGGGGAUUUUAAGCUUUGAGUGGUCUAAGGUUGUCUUUGUCUUUGUUUUGUUUUGUUCUUGUUUUUCCUUUCUUUGUAGUGCUAAAUGGGGCUGGGUAAGGAGGGUGGUUUAAUUUUGUUAGCUAGGUUGCAGGAUUACAAGAAGCGAAGUGAUUGGCUGCAGAAAAGGAAAGGGUGAGUUGGUUUUAAAGUUCGUUGCUGGAAUGAUGAAUCAAUUAAGACCGUCGACAAGCAUCUUAUAGAAUAAAAGAUGGGUGUGUGUUAUGCGUGCUCAUGUGGCUUGGGUCUUGGGUUUGAUGUUUUUCUAAUUCUGAAUCAUGCCAUCAGUUAUUCUAGUGCUUGGUGGUUGGCCAACUUCGAGUAGUAUAUUAACAACCUGUGCAAGUUGGUUGCUGUGGGAUUAUUUGAGAGAUAUAAUUGCACUUCACCCGGGUUAGUGUUUCUCAUUUUGGCAUGGCAUCCACAUAAAAUAUCAGGCUCCACUGUUUUUGUCGCC